GUAUAAAAAAAUUAAUGUUGAUAAUUUUAAAUUGGCUUGCAGUUGGUGGGAGGAAUCAAAUAUAAACUUUGGCGCCAAGCCAUCAACCGUUGACUCAACGGCCAAACUUGGGGCGGAGGCAACGCCAUGGAUUUCGCAGUCGAAGCUCUUCUUUUAAUGUAGAUCGGCACGACCUUUCACAUAUGGUCUUCUCCCACCGCGAGCCUCGAUGGCCGCACCCAUCCUUUCUUCCCUGUCUCGGUCGAUCCAUGAGUUGGAGACCGCAAUCUGUACCUCCUCCCAUCCAUGGACCCGCGUCCGGGAGGACCUGAACCGGCUCGAGAGCACGCUGCGGCGCGUUCAGGCGGUCGUUGACCAGGCGGAGGAGAGGCAGUGGCGAGACGAGCGCGUGAGGAGCUGGCUAGCGGAGCUCCAGGGCGUCGCCUGUGAUGCUGAGGACGUGCUCGACGAGCUCGAUUUCGAGCUGUCGCGGCCACCACGAAGCUCUCCCGCCUCCGGGGAAGAAGCAGAGGUACACAGCUCAGUCACCUCCCUGUCAUGCGAAAUCGAAAAGAUACGGGGUCGGUUCGGUGAGACAUUAGAACAAACAGAUGGCCUUCGGCUGAAGGCAACCGAGAGGACAUGGCCACGAUGUGGUGAGUUCGUCGUGAAACAAACCGAGGUGUUCGGUCGAGAGGAAGACAAGAAGAAGGUGACCGAGUUGGUGCUGUCCGAAACGCCAGAGAACCCCCCCGUCAUCGCCAUCGUUGGAUCACCUGGAGCAGGGAAAACCACCCUUCUCCAGCUCGUGUGCAACGACCCGGGGGUUCGCGAGCACUUCCCCCGUCGGGGAUGGGUUCGCAUGUCGAAGGAUUUCGACGCGACGACGCUGAGAAGAGAGAUCAUGGAGGCCAUCACGUUGAGGGAUUGGAGGGUCGAGUUCUCAGGAAAGGGGCACUGGAUCUACUCACAACCGAACUAUCUCGACCGCUGCAUCAAACGCGAGUUGGAGGAAGAAAGAUUCUUGCUUGUCUUGGAUGAUUUCUGUGACGAGAAUCUCCAUCUCUGGGCGACCGUGAACCUGCAACUGAGCCUCGGACAUGGAGGAAGCAAGAUCAUACUGGCCACAAGCAGUGAAAGAGUCACUGCUGUCACCGAGAACAUGCCUCUCUAUCAUCUCAGUAGCUUACCAGAGGAAAACAGUUGGAGAUUGUUCCAAACUCUUGCAUUUGGAUCCCGAACUGGUCAUCCAGAGGCCAAUUUGGUUAGAAUCGGCAAAGAGAUCGUCGAAAAGUGCAAGGGCUCGCCAUUGUCUGUAAAAAUGCUUGCUGCUCUUCUGCAAUCCGAAACUAAAGCAGAGAUAUGGAGUCGUGUCUCAAAGAGCAACCUUUGGAAUGAUGCAGAUGAGGAAGAGAACCACAAUUUGCCUGCUCUGAGGAUAAGCUACCACAACCUGCCACCACAUUUGCAGUCAUGCGUCGCAUUCUGCUCUGUGUUUCCGAAAGAUUUCCUGUUCACGAAAGACCGAAUCGUUCGUUUAUGGAUGGCUCAAGGAUUUGUUCAUCCUCGAGAAGGGAAGCUAUCGGAAGAGAUCGGCUCGGAGUACUUCGAUGAAUUGCUAAGCAGGUCAUUCUUUCUGGCCUCGCAUGUUGCUGAUCAAACCUUUGUGGUGCAUCAUCUCAUUCAUGACUUGGCAGAGUUCGUGUUGGGCGAACAGUGUUGCAGGGAGAAGAACAUGAAGGUUUGCUCUGUUUCUAAGGAGGCCCGGCAUCUGUGUUUGGUCGCCGUGGAUUCCCUCGCGGAUGUGAAUUUGGAGCUGGAAAGUGAAGCUAAUUCACUGCGCACAAUUCUGCUUGUGAUCAAGUCAGUCAAUUCGGCAUUCAAGAGCAACUGGUGGUACCAUUACAAUGACGAUAUAGCUCAUCUAUCCUUCUCAGAUAACUUGUUCCGAUAUCUGAAAUGCCUGAGAGCUUUAGAUUUGAGCGACACAGAUAUCGACCAUCUGCCGGAUUCAGUUGGCAACAUGAAGCUCCUGCGUUUUCUCGGACUCAGCAACACUAGAAUUCGAUGGUUGCCGGAGGAGUUGGGCAAGCUUCACAAUCUGCAGACGUUGGAGCUGCGAAGUUGUGGUGGUCUGACGGCACUUCCGAAGAGCAUUGGGUAUCUGACAAACCUCCGUCACGUUGAUCUGCUAAAUGCCUGCGAUCAUGUUCAUCUGCAUCAUGGUAUCGGGAGGCUUGUCGGUCUGCAAACCUUAUCGAUAGUUUACAUCGGGAAGGAGUCGGAACACUACGUGAUAAGAGAGCUGGGGAGGUUGGUGAACCUGAGAGGAGAGCUUCGAAUCAUUGGCCUCCAUAACGUUGAUGAUGUUGAUGAUGCCAAGGCGGCCGGAUUGAUGCACAAAGAACAGAUAGAGAAGUUGACUCUCCGGUGGUGCGAUCCCAAUGACGACUGCUACCAUCGUGGCGUGGCACCGAGGUCUACAGGAUUCAGAUGCAUGAACUGUCGCAUCGAAGAAGCAGUCAGCCAUGAUGAAGCAGGUGAAGAAGAUGAAGCACAACAAUGCAUGGGGGUGGCGGUGGUGGUGGAAGAUGAGGAAGAAGAAGAUGACAUGUGGAUUGACAGAAUCGAUAUCGAUGUAGAAUGCAAGCCUGACAAGCCGAAGAGAACAAGGGAGGAGAUGAUACAGUGCCAGAGGAAGAUCCAGGAAUCACAGGAAGCCAUGCUCGAAAGCCUUCGUCCUCAUGGCGACCUCAAAGAAUUGGUGAUUCAGCAUUACUACGGCAGCAAACUAUCAAGCACCUGGAUGGGCGAUCCCGUCUUCUCCAAACUAGCGUCCAUUACGCUGGACGACUGCCGCAAAUGUGAGAUCCUCCCACCACUCGGGCAGCUGCCAUCGCUCAAGCACCUGCUGAUAAGAUACUUCCCCAGCAUCAAGCGCGUCGGCCGCGAGUUCUGCGGCGGCGACGGCGGCGGGGCCGGGGACUCGAAGGCAUUCCCGGCCUUGGAGACGCUUGAAUUCGACGGCAUGUACGAGUGGGAAGAGUGGUGUGGAGUGGAGGAUGGUGACUUCCCCUGCCUUCGUCGACUGCUGUUCUGUGGCUGUAUGAAACUGAAGAGCUUCCCUGAUGCAGUGAGCAGACAUGGCAUUCCGUGAUCAAACGAAGGAGCGAGAGACCAAAGCUCUUCGUUCAAAGUCAACCACUGCCGAUUCAAACUGCAGUGGAUGACAAGUUAUCGUCAUCCUCACGCAAUUAGAACGUCAGCCAGAAUCCUGCAGCUGUCAUUCACAACUUAAGACUGCAUACCGGCGAUCAAAGCGUUGGAUCGAGUCAAUAACCAUUAAUGAGUAUUGUCUGCCGUCAAACCCACACACCGUUUUGUGGCCCGUGGUUUGGUGGUCAAGAAUAUGG